CAAAGCCUGCCACUCUCGCGACCCCCUGGCAGCCGUCGGCAGACCUGAAUUAAAAGCCACUUGCAUUACCAUAGCUUAUAUUGUUUAUUUCUUUGUCACGGGACAACGUAGUUGGUUAAGGUGACAUAAUCCAGAAGCGUCUUCAGCUACAAUGACAGAUCAAGUAAAGGAGCUCGUUUCAAAGUGCCUGCAGGCUCGGGACAAGGCUUACUGUCCAUACAGCCGCUUCCCUGUCGGUGCGGCCGUGUUGACAGCAGAUGGCGCCAUAAUCACAGUAGAGCGCUGUAAAAGAGCCCAGGGUCUAAGUAUUGUUAGGAUUCCAGGCUGCAAUGUGGAGAAUGCAUCUUACGGACUGACGGUGUGUGCCGAGCGGACUGCCAUCCAGAGAGCUGUGGUGGAGGGCCACAGACAGUUCAGCGCCAUCGCCGUGACAUGUGACAUCAAAGACCGCUUUGUUGGACCAUGCGGAGCGUGCCGACAGGUCCUCAUGGAGUUUGGAUCAGACUGGACUGUAUACUUGACCAAGCCGGACGGCUCUUACAAAGAAACCAGCCUCAGUGAACUGUUGCCUUUAGCCUUUUCCCCGUCACAUCUAGCUAAGAACUGAUGAAACCUCAGCGAGAUCCUUCUUUGGCUGAUCUUACAGUGACAUGGCAAAAUUAAACAAUUAAAUAAAUAAUAAAUAAAAAUAAAAUAAGCUGUAGACUUCUAUCAUCUUUGAAGUUAUUUUACGAUAAAUAAAUGUAAAUGUGAUACCAA